AUGAAUUGGUUCAAAGCCAUUCUUAAUGCUUACUUGCUCUUACUUGCUCAAUCGAAGUGGAGCAUUCCUGCUGGUAAUGAGACGGACAUCUCAACAUUAGAGACACUAAUUGAAGAUUCGCGGGACUGUGUAGAGGAUGCCGUGCGCGUCAAGCAGUUCUUUCUCGAUGUCAUCCAGUCAAUUUGUCCGAAAGGCCAGAAGGGGAAUAUAUGUACGACAGAUUUCGAUGAUACUUUAAAGGACCGUAUCCUUUCACAGAAGUAUCUGGGUUACGUGGAAAGGUGGUGUGAUGCUGUAGCUCGAACCGAAGAUGUUACACGUUUGUUUUCAAAACUCGAAUCAGAGUGGAAAACUGCUGUGGGUUGUGCGCGACAUAUCCAUACGGGUUUAGACCUAUUAGCUUCAACGUUUUGUACAUUCCUGCCUCAUCUUUUGGAUGUUCUUGUCGUGCGCUUUUGGGAGACGAAUGUGGAUACUAUAGGUAUAAAAUACGGAAUACGCGACUUGGAUGAGGAGAGCGAUAAUGGCUAUGACAGGUAAGC